AUGAAAGAGACUAUCGAGGCUUCUCUUUUGUUCACCCGAAAAGUUGGUGAACAGAAACUUGGAUGGCGAUGGGAAAGAAAACCGAUGCAUAAAGCUCUAAACGUUCGAGCAUACAUGAAGGUACGAAUCAUGGAAACAGAACAUUUUAUUGAUGAAAAUAUAUCACCGCCAACGCCCUCUUCUUUUUGUCGCUCGCUACGUGAUGUAAAUUAUAUUAUCUAA